CCAGACGUUCCGUUAUAAUAUAUAUAUAUAUAUAAAUUCCAUUGCUGGUCGUCAUGACCUCAUUAAAUACCGGAGAGGAAUACCGGGAGACCUCAGAGCGUCUGAUUCGGCGAUGAGGAUCUCCUACCGGAUGCGGCAAACCGGCAUCAUUGUUCUGCAGAUAUAACCGGUGAGCAUAAUUAAUCUGUUGGUGUCUACUGUCGUGACCUGUCGAAUAUAUUUGAUUAGUAUCUAUAGUUUAGUCUGAAUCCUUUGGCAUUUUGUUUACCGGUCUAUACGGAAAAGAUAACAACCAACGGAUCUGCUUAUUUUUGCAUGAGACUAAACUGCUCUGUGUAUAAUUCUGUCUUUGUUAGGGACUGUUCAGACCGAACGGGUUCUUGCGCUAAAAAAAAUAAAUAAAUAAAUAAAUAAAGCAAUACGCGGCGAAUAGAAAUAUGUCUCGAGACGCAUUUUUAAAGGUUGAAGUUUUUUUUUUUUUUUUUUUACUUGACACGGCGUCUAAAUAACGCUGCAGGAACACGAGACGCUAAAAACAGCUGAACGCAACGGUAAAAGACGUGCAGACGGGGCGAUUUCGGUGUGAACUGCCCCUUUUACAGUGUUUCAUUGUCGCCCAAAAGACACGCUCGGUUGAUCAAGGACUUUCACUUGACGCCAUCCAUCUUCAGUUUAGUUUUAAUAUACACGUCGUUAGAGCACACGAUGGGGUGUAACGCUCAUUAAUAUUCUUACAUUUCCAGGUUGAUUUCCGCCACUUUGGCCACUUUGAGAGAUAUGAUUCCACUAUUGCAGUGUACUGUACAUGCAUGUCUAGUCAUUACCCUUUACACAAAAUGCCAGCUGAAUAUAAUCGACACUGUAUGCAACAGAAGGGUUAUACCACUAUUCAGCUCAUCUUCCUGUUCAGUCCAGAGAAUUAAAGGGGUCUUACUGCCAAAAAUGAAAUUCUGUCAUCAUUUACUCACUCUUUUGAUGUUCCAAACCCGUAUGACUUUUUUAAGGGUGAGUAAAUGAUGACAGAAUUAUCAUUUUUGGGUGAACUACCCCUUUAAGACAUUUGAUUUAACUUUACAUGUCAAAGCUGUUUUAAUUUGUUGCAAGUUAAGUCCUAUAUUCUGUGUAUCUAUAAUCUUUAUUCAUGUGCUCUUUGGUGCUGUAGUUGGUCAGACCAGUCGAACCCUUCAGAAAGAGUGCUUGGGCUGUUCUGGAAGGACGUUAUCUGUAAAUCAAAGCCAUGGGCAAGGAUUACUAUAAGAUCCUAGGCAUUCCUUCAGGCUCUAAUGAGGAUGAAAUCAAAAAGGCCUACAGAAGGAUGGCCCUGAAGUUCCAUCCAGACAAAAACAAAGAUCCUAAUUCUGAAGAGAAGUUCAAGGAGAUAGCAGAGGCCUAUGAAGUUCUGAGUGACCCAAAGAAGAGAGUCAUCUAUGACCAGUACGGGGAGGAUGGUUUGAAAACAGGUGGGACCGGCUCAUCUUGUGGACAAGGGACAACAUAUCACUACACCUUCCAUGGAGAUCCACAUGCCACAUUUGCUUCUUUUUUUGGAGGCUCCAAUCCCUUUGAUAUAUUCUUUGGCUCUGGACGUCAGCGGGGAACCACUAAUGGCUUUGCAGACCAUGGCGAUCAUGACAUGGACAUUGACAUGGAUGGAGAUGAUGAUCCUUUCAGUUCCUUCAACCACUUUGGCUUUAAUGGGAUCAAUGGUUUUCAUCAUGGUGGUGGUCGUAGGCAUCGUACCGAGCCCUUGCAUGCAGGAGGCGGCAGGAGGAAAGUACAGGAUCCUCCAGUGGUACAUGAGCUUAAAGUGUCUCUAGAGGAGAUCUUCCAUGGAUGUACCAAGCGGAUGCGAAUCACUCGCCAACGGCUGAACCCAGACAGAAGGUCAAUGAGGACAGAGGACAAGAUCCUUAACAUUGUCAUCAAGAGGGGCUGGAAGGAAGGGACCAAGAUCACCUUUCCCAAAGAGGGUGAUGAGACACCUGAGAACAUUCCUGCUGAUAUUGCAUUUGUGCUCAAGGACAAAGGGCAUCCACUCUUCAAAAGAGAUGGCUCCAACAUUAUUUAUACAGCCAAGAUCAGUCUUAAGGAGGCAUUGUGUGGCUGCACGGUGAACAUUCCCACCAUUGACAACCGAGUGAUCCCAUUGCCCUGCAACGACCUCAUCAAACCAGGCACAAUCAAGAGACUGCGUGGGGAAGGCCUACCUUUCCCAAAAAAUCCAUCCCAGCACGGGGAUUUGAUAGUGGAGUUCCAGGUGCGCUUCCCAGACAGAAUACCACCCCAGUCUAGAGAGAUCAUCAAACAGCACCUACCCCAGUCUUAGAGAAAUUGUAGGAGACUGUCUUGUGCUUUUUAUUUUUCAAAUACACUUUUCCCCCAAAAAAUGAUGACACUGAAUAUGAAGAGUGGCAAAUGUGACAGGAGGUCAAUAUCAUUUGAUAUUUUGAUAAAUUUUUACUUAAUUUAUUGUGUGGAAGAACACUGACUUUUUGGGGGUAUUUUACAUGGUUUGUUAUGCUGAGGCCUGUGGCUUUUUUUUACAGGACUUGUUUUUGAUUUUGAGGAAUAGUCUUUCAUUAUUUCCCAGAAAUAUUCUUAUUCUGUUCAUCAACAUCUUGAAGGCAAAAUAAUACAAGACAAAACGACUGAUUUAUUGGAUGGAAGGUUGUGAUAUUUUUGGUUUUAUAUUGGUGAUGAGGACAAUAACUGGGUAUUUUUUGGAUCUGCAUUAUUUUUUUAUUCAAUUAAACUCAAUUUUGUUGUAAUUGAUAAGCUCAUUUUGAAUUAUGGAGUAUUUAAGACAACAUAGUGUUGAAGACUUUUGAUUUUGUAGGAUUUAUGUGCACCAGCAUAGAUGUUUGAUAACUACUUUAUAUAUCUCCUCUCCCUGACCCACUUCAGCAGUCUACAGAUGCUUUCUUGUAGUUUUUGAAGUAACAGGUGCUGCCAUUAAGGUAAACCUUUGGAGGUGCAAUUAGGGGAAAUGACCCAAUUAAGCCCUCCCAAAUCUAAGUUUGACAUGUUUUCUUAAAGAAAUGUUAGUAGCCUUCCACUAAAAUGAGUAUCAACUCAAAUAUUAAUCUCUCAUCUAAACACUUCUGUUGUGUUUUGUGAGAAACUGACAAAAUUAAGUUAUCAAUUUAAUUGCAAACAUGAAAAGUCUGGAGUGGUACCAUUUAAGCCCACAUGUGUUCUUAUUAAGUCCACUAUGCUUUUUAAAAUGUAAAUGCUUCAUAUUUUACUAAAGAAACACCUCUUUUAGAUUUAGACCUCAAACAUCAAAACUAUUUAAUGAAAUAUUUAAUUUUUGAAUCCUGCCAGCUUUAAUCACAUUGGUCUCUGCCUAUUAGUUUUCUCCCUGCAGUGAAAAUAGAUCCAGUAUGUAGAGUUGACUAUGAAUUCAGUUUACGAUUUUUAACAUAAGGUUCAAUGGGUGAUUUGCUCAGUGGGCUUAUUAGGAACAAUAGGGGUCAAUGGAAAGUAGAGUCAAGAUAAACACAUAAUAUUGUUUCCAUGAGUAAAAAAACACUAUAUUUUACAAUGUAGAGAAUGUUUGUUAUUGGUGUUUAAACAUAUAAAAUAAUUAUUCUGCUUUUAAGCUGUGAGCAAACAGGCUUUUCAAAGGCACUGUUCUUUAUAAGCCCACAUGAAAACAAAGUUAUAUUUCUGGAUUAUAAUUACAGACAGAGCACUAAUACUUGUUUGAGCUCAAGAAGCUUCUUAAAUAUUUUCAUAUGGUUAUCAGCCGUUUGUGUCCUGCACUAGCUCCAGAUAUAUAUCCAGAAAUCCAUCUUUUCAAAUACAAAGUAUUGCUGAUAAAUACAAAGAAAAUAAAUAAUAUAAAGUUGUAUUUGAUUUAUUAAUUUAUCAUUUCUCUCCCGGUUUGUUCAUCUGACUCCAGAUAAAAGGCUUUUUAAGGUCAUCAUAUACAGUGAAGUUUUAGAGCAACUUCCAGAAUGGCCACCGAACAGUGGUAGAACCUGUUCCCAGAUAACUCAAAAAAAGAAACAUUUGUUUGGCUCCAAAUAAAACUAAAAUGAUACCAACAAAUAUGUACAUUUCCUCUGCAACUACAAAUUUUUCUCCUGCUUUCUGUCUUUUUUAUAUUUCAAAAUGAAACAGUAAGUGGGCUUAUAUGGUAUGUGGGCUUAGUAGGGUCACUUCCCCUACAAGAUUUUGAGAGCACAGGCAUUUUGAGUGCCUUAAUGUGGCUCAAAUCAACUGUUUAUUGUUUUGUUUUUCAUUAGCUUGGCAUAUUUACAAACUAUGAAGGUAUUAUUACAACAAGCAAUCAGAUUUUGUGGUCAUUUCAGUUCCCCAAAUAAUGUAAUUGCAGUAGCCAUAUUUAAAGGAAGAGUUCACCCAAAUAUAAAAAUUCUGUCAUAAUUUACUCAUUCAUAUCGUAUGGUUUACUUUCUUAUGCAUAAAACAAAAACAGAUGUUAUAAUGAAUAUCCUGGUCCAUCUUUUCAAUACAAUGUCAGGGGAUAGUGCCUCACUUUAGCGUAAAAAAGCAAUUCAAUUCAUGUAUCAUAUUCCAAGUCUUCUGAAGGCAUAUGAAAGUUUUUGAUGAGAAACAACCUGCACUUGACACCAGAGGGAAAAGAAAUUGCAAACUUCAUAGGUUUCUCAUAGCAGUAAAUAACAACUUAAAUAUCAGUCUUUUACUGCUAUCAAUAGAUAAGAUGCAAUUGUAUUGCUUUAGAUGACUUGGAAUACAAUGCACCAGGUGUAUGAACUACUUGUAUACUCCACAGAACAAAUAACAUGCAAACGACAUGUAGGUGAAUAGAUGAUGGCAGAAUGCUCAUUAAUUUAUUCUAGUAUUCAAACCCCACAUUAAAAAGAGUACAGUAAUUCUUCAAAUACAUUAUAGCAGUAUGCCAGUCUUAGCAUAUUACAAUGAAAAUUUUAUGGAGUGAAUGAAAGAUCUAAGUAUGUUGUUUCAUGUUGAUUAAUGUGUCUGAAGAUAUCUGACUCUAAUCUGUGUCAGUAGUGUAAAACAGAACUGUGACAUCAAAAGUUAUGUUUUUUUCGGUAACACUUUACAGUAAGGUUCCAUUUGUUAACAUUAGUUAACUGUACUAGUUAACAUGGACCAACAAUGAACAAUACUUUUACACCAUUUACUAAUACUGGUUAAAAGUUAAUUUCAACAUUGAAUACAUUUUUUAAAUCAAAAGUUGUAUAUAUUAAGUACGUUAGUUAAUGCACAAUUAUCCAACAUGAACUAACAAUGAACAAUUGUAUUUUUGUAAACUAACAUUAACCAAGAUUAAUAAAUGCUGUAAAAAGUAUAUUGUUCAUUGUUAGUUCAUGAUAGCUAAUGCAUUAACUAAUGUUAACACAUGGAACAUUAUUGUAAAGUGUUACUGUUUUUUAUGCUUAAAUAUCUUCACUAUUAGUAUGCACAGCUACAAUUAUUAAAUAUAUAUAUUUAAAAAUAUUACAAGGGAUUUAUUUGAUUUUCAAGAACAUUUUACAGAUUUUUAAAACAACAGUUUUAAUAUUCUAUAUUUUACAUUUAUUUUGUUAUUAACA